UUUGAACUACAUGUCAACUCUUGAGCUAUGGGCUAUAUACACGGGCGUUGUUUGGCGGUGAAAUGACAAAUGGCCAGUAAACAAAUAAACCGCCGAACAGGCGUAAUAAGCAGAGGAUUCAAUAUUAUUUAUACCACAGCAGCUUUUCACUAUCCCAGUUCCACCUUCUAGUGUUUUCACUGACCUUCAGAACAAAGGAUGAUAUGAUAAGAUUUUCAGUGAUAAGACCGUGGCGACUAGUUUCCCGGAGGAUGAGUACAUCGCAUUGUGCCAACGUAAAUAAGCUGCGCGAACUAUUCUCCAGUGGCUUGGCAGCAGUUAAACCAAAAUCAUUGUUUGAAGGAUAUUACGACACAUCGAGCGAAGUCCAUGAAAGUUUCAAUCACGAUCACAAACGCUAUCAUGUAAUCGGUUUCGGAAAAGCCGUUCUGGGCAUGGCCGUCCAGGUAGAAAAACUUCUAGGUCGACGUCUAUGUAGUGGAUGCAUAAGCAUACCACUGGGCACGAGCGAACGGUUUGCUGGAGAUGUUGAUUUUAGCUUAUCACCAAACACUGUGAUCGAAGUGAUCGAGUGCGCUCACAACAACUUACCGGAUGAACGAUCGUUGAUGGCUGCCAGGAAGAUGAAGCAAAUCGCGCAUAACAUGACGUCGGAGGACAUCCUAUGUGUUUUGGUAUCUGGUGGAGGAUCUGCUUUACUUUGUCUACCAAAAGCACCCGUUACACUGACGGAAAAGCUACAGAUAGUAAAAUUGUUAUCCACAUCAGGUGCGUCCAUCGAUGAGCUUAACUACGUCCGAAUAGCACUAUCGGAUGUGAAAGGGGGACAACUUGCACUGCUAGCUAAAAAUGCUUGUCGGAUUUAUUCAUACGUAAUAUCUGACAUUGUCGGUGACCCAAUAGCAUUGAUAGCUAGUGGCCCCACCGUUGUUCCGAAGGGGAUUGAUGUGAAUGAGAAAGCCAAAGACAUUUUAAUGAAGCACAGGUUGUGGGAUAAAUUACCAAAUGCUGCUAUACACAUAAUAGAGCAACCGAGAGAUAACGAAAAUAAGCACGGCUCGAAUAACAAUGAACUGUUUUUGCUGGGCAGCAAUGCAGUAGCCGUAUGCAGCAUAGCACAAAGAGCCCAAUCUGAAGGACUAAAAUGUAUCGUUCUUUCAAAACAGCUCGAAGGGAACGUGGCUGAGUUGUGCGCUAUGUACGUAGAGUUGGUAGCAAUAUUGUAUAAUUUCAAAAAAGGUCUUAUGUCUGACACCUUAUUAUCUGAUAAGCUGAAUCCCAUUCUAAUUAAGUUUAAAUGCACCCAUGCAGAAACAGAUGAAUUUAUAAGAAAAGUUAUUGAUUGGAAAAUGGAACCUUUACUAAUUGUUGGUGCUGGGGAGCCAACCGUUUGCGUUUCCGGCAGUGGAAAAGGGGGACGUAAUCAAGAGCUUGCGCUUCGUUUUUCGUACGGUGUGCAAGAACUUGAAAAUGUGCCAGAUUCAGUUUGUUUUCUAUCUGCCGGUACGGACGGAAUCGAUGGUCCAACAGAUGCUGCCGGGGCAAUCGGUGGAGCUUUCGUCGCCAAUGAUUAUCAUGAGCGAUUCCAACAGGACGGCAAAUCGUUCAUCGAAAAUAACGAUUCUUAUAGCUUUUACGAGGCACUUAACGGUGGUCUCUAUUUUGUAAAAACUGGCCACACCGGUACAAAUGUGAUGGAUUUACAUCUGUUGUUAAUAGAUUCAUAGAGAAAUGGAGUGUAUAUAGCAAAUAAACAAGCAGUUGUGCGAUCAUCUUUUAAA